CCCUCGCCCUCCCGCCCGACUGCUGACGCCGCCCGCUGAGGAGGACAGCGGGUGGACCUACCACCUCUACCGAAUCCCUGAGGAGGCUGAGGCGGCCAUCAACACUGUCCCUGAUGCCUGGAAGCUGGCGGAGUGGGACAGGGUGGCGAGGGAGGCCGCUGCUGUCAAGGCGAAGAGAGAGACGGUAAAAGGGGUCACUGUUUCAGCAAAGACACGACGGAAUCACCAUGAAAUCUUGUCAUGAAUUCUUGCCUUGUAUUGCGGCCACCCGCACCACCCGACGUCGAAAUGGCCGAGGCGGAGGGAGAGGCCGCAGAGCCCCUCGCACCACAACCGCAACCCACAGCCCCUACGACGGCCCCGCCUGCCGUGGCCGUUCACGAACCCACUGCAGCUGCUGCUGUUGCCCCGCCAGCGGGUGACGAGGAGAUGGCCGCACCUUCGCCACCAUCACGGCCCCCCGCUGCUCAAGAUGAGGAUAAGGACCAAGAAAUGGCGCCUGCACCCCCUCGAGACGAGGAGCACCCGCCCCCCCCAUUGGCCCCUCCUGGCCCUCCUCCCCUUCUUGAGCUAUCCUUGGAGGUUCCCGAGGCUCCCGAAGCACCGCCAGCCGCCGAGCAGGCCGAGCAGGAGGCUGCUGGGCCGGGAGAGGAGGGGGCUGAGGGGGGGAUGGGGGAGGCCGCUGCUGCUACUGGCCGCCCUCGCCGCAAAGCUGCGCAGAAGCGAUCAGGUCAGAAACAACUUACACACAUGAACGCAUCCCCUCACUCGUUGAAUGACACCAGCAUGUCCGUCUGUAUGUGUCUGUCUUGACCAUUCAGCUGCUGCUGGUGUUCAUGAAGGUGAGGAGGUCAUUGGAUGGAUGAACGGAUGGAGGGAUGCGUAUCGGUGCAUGUGUGUGUCUGAGCGUGGCUGUCAUUUCAGACAAGGCGAAGGGCAAACCGACGGGGAACGGCAAGGCCAAGUGUGGUGGUGGAAAGGCGCGUGCUGCUUCGAAGCACUCUUCGUAUGAGGAGAUGAUCAAGGAGGCCAUCGGCACACUCAAGGACCGGUCAGGCAGCAGCUUGUUUGCCAUCAAGAAGUUCAUCCAGGCCAACUACUCCCUCGACUUCGAGGACGGACGCACCAAGGGCCACCUCAGCCGCUCACUCAAGAAGAUGGCCGAAGCCAAGAAACUCAUCAAGCUAAGAACUUACACACACAUUCACCGUAUCCACAGGGGAAGGGUAGGUGACAAUGGUGUGGUGGGAUGGUGUGGUGGGUGCAUCUCGACGUGUGGCGUGUGUUGGUGUGUUGUGUGUUGUGUGCAGAUCAAGGCACCGUUGUCGGCCAAGAAAUCCAAGGCCGCCCCCGCCCACAUACACACCCGGCAUGGCCAGCAGGCAGGGCGCCAACCACACGCCCAUCAACAGGGACAUCGUCACCGACACAACACAGCCACAGCCACCUGCACCGGCCGCUGCUGCAGCAGCUGCCAUUCCGGCCACGUCAGCACCAUCCGGACAGCCACGGCUGCAGCCCUCGCCAUCCUCUGAGGAGGACCCGGCGGCUGUCGACACACUCA